CCCCAAAGGGGAAAAAAUAGAAUAAAGAGCCGCCCUUUGUCCUCCUCCUCUUCCCCUUCCUCUCCACGGACCCGGACGCGCCAUGACGAGCUCCUCCACGCCGUCCCGCAAGGCGCUGAGCAAGAUCGCCUGCAACCGGCUGCAGAAGGAGCUCGCCGAGUGGCAGGUCGGCCCGCCCGCCGGCUUCAAGUACAAGGUCUCCGAUAACCUCCAGAGGUGGGUGAUCGAGGUGGGCGGCGCUGAGGGCACGCUCUACGCCGGCGAGACGUACCAGCUGCAGGUCGACUUCCCCGAGCAUUACCCCAUGGAAGCACCCCAGGUCAUUUUCCUCAACCCGGCGCCGAUGCACCCGCACAUUUACAGCAACGGGCACAUCUGCUUAGAUAUACUGUAUGACUCGUGGUCGCCUGCGAUGACUGUAAGUUCAGUCUGUAUCAGCAUCUUGUCGAUGCUGUCUAGCUCGCCGGCGAAGCAACGCCCAGCGGACAAUGACCGCUACGUUAGGAACUGCCGCAACGGGAGGUCGCCAAAGGAGACCCGAUGGUGGUUUCACGACGACAAAGUAUGAGGGGGGAAUCGAACCGAUUGGCUCUUCUGGCCACCCCAUACUUGUCAGCCAGCCUUCCUUCCUUACCAUGAAAGAAAUCUCUUCCAAGGGGAGAUGAGAUGAGAUGAUUUAGGCUUAAAAAAAUGUAAGCUAAGCAACCCCUCUAUCGUACCGCAGACCUUAACAUGCCCUUGUGGUGGUUUGUACAUGAGCUCAACACAUGUUGUCGAAACGUGAAUAUAUCAUCGCUACCGACGAUGAGAGAUAUAUAGAAUAAGCAAGUAUAACCUGUCGAUGCGCUGGUACAUGCAUGAAAGGAAUGCAUAUUUAUUCUCUGUGA